AUGCGAAUUGAAAAUACGCAUGGCUGUCAUCCUGCUGGUACCGGUUGUGAUGAUCGUUCAAAUUAUAAAUGUGGUGCUCAGGUUGUAGAUGCUAAUUUGUUACCAAAUUCUAUAAUUGAGCUCACGCUUGAAUCUCCCAAUUAUCAUGACAACUUGGGAGUAUCAGCAAUAGGCCACUUUAGCAUGCACGUUGAUAAUAAAGAAGGUCAUGGCGGUGGAUAUUCAUUUUUUUCAGAUCCUAUAUGGGUCAAUGGCUGUGACUGUGACAAUUGCCAAAAUAUACCUCUGAGUUUCAAAUACACAAGGGAUUUUGAUAUGCCAACACCUCCAAAAGGAACUUGGUUUGAUGUUUGGAUUUCAAUAUAUUGGAGUUGUGGGAGUAUGCACGAACUAAAUCCAAGGGCUAUAGCUUGUAAUAGUCAGGAUGUACAUUAUCGAACCUAUGUCAAGUAG